AUGACCAGUCCACAUUCUAUCUUAACCCGUUUACCCGGGAGCGCAUCAACUUACCCUGUGUCGACAUCUCAGGCUGUUGCCUUCGCUUUCUCAGGCGCUCCUACUGCCUGCAGAUACCUCGGGGUGUUCGUUCCGUCUAGAGCAACCUGGAAUAUUAUUCCAGUGAAAUCCUGUCCGGCAGAUUUCGCUAGGCCAGUGUUGAUGACAGAACAUGAAGGAGACAUCUUUGUUAUGUAUACAUUAGGCAUAAGGUACCAGCCAGUGUUUAAACUUAAUCUUGAACGAAAAAUAUGGGAAGAGAAGAGAGAACUUGGUGGCUUGACAGUAUUUGCAAGUUAUCCUACCUCUCUUACAAGAGCUGGUCUCUCGGCUGAGGAGAAAAGCAUGAUAAAUGAGCGAUUUGGCUCAAACUACUUCCUCGCCAAUGACAAAAGCUUCAUUCGUCCCCGUUGGGGUGCAGGUUGGUCUCGCAGGAUUGCUUGGGUGGAUCCACCUCAGAAUGUUAAUUUGUGA